AUGACUUCCAUCAAAGGCGAGCUUGCGGCAACCGCACAUGAUUUGCCAGUACCGACAUCCAGAGAUGGGGAAACGUCCCUCUCCGAUGAGGAACUAGGCGGCUCUCAUAGAGCCCUCGAGAAACAAGUCGUGCGAAAGGUAGACCUCUGGCUCGUGGGCUUCUACUCCUUGGUGUACAUAUUCCGGGUCAUCGACUCAGCCAAUUACUCUAACGCCGCCAUCAUCAACAUCGAGAACGGCACCGGCAUCAAGAAGCAGCUCAACCUCAACCCAGCCCAGUGGGCAUGGACGUUGUCCAUAUUCUCAUAUAGCUAUCUGUUCUUCGAGCCUACGAAUACGGUCCUGCUGAAGGGUCUCAAACCGUCGCGAUGGAUGUUCAUUUUGAUCUUGUUCUGGGGUGUAUCCGCCAGCUCGUCAUCAGCAGUCCAGGAUUUCAAAGGGAUAAUGUGUGCCCGCUUCGCCAUUGGGCUGGCCGAAGCUGGGUUCUUCCCAGCAGUGCUCUACCACAUGGCGUUCUGGUACAAACCAAGCGAGCUACCACAGCGUAUCGCCAUUUUCUACUCUGUUGGCCAGCUAUCGAAUGCGCUGUCGGGGCUUUUGGCUUAUGCUAUUGGGUUCAUGGAUGGUCUGGGCCAUCUCGCGGGCUGGCGUUGGCUUUUCCUGCUAGAAGGCCUUCCGGCAAUCUUCCUGGCCUUUUUUGCUCUGUUCGGGCUGCCCGACUACCCCGAGACAUGCCGUAUGCUCAGUGACGAAGAACGCGACGUGCUCAUCGGCCGACUUGGUACAUCAGCGCCCACGGGGAAGAGCGGCAACUGGGACUUCAAGUAUGUUAAGAAGCUCUUCAAAGACCCGUCGUUCUACUCCUUUACCAUUUAUUGGAUCUGCCAUGGGAUCGGCGGUUUUGGCGUCGGAUAUGCCCUGCCCACGGUCAUUUACCAGCUGGGAUUCACGACAACGUCAAAUUCCCAGUUGAUGAAUAUUCCUCCGUACGUUACGAGUUUCCUGUUCCUGAACACCGUGGGAUACUUCCUACACAAACGCGUCAUCCGGCCAUGGACGACAGCCGUUGCAAUCGAAUCCACUAUCAUAAUAUGCUACAUCAUCCUCUUCACUGUCUCCAACGCCGUGGUCAAGUACAUCUGCCUGAUCGUGGCCGUAGCCUGUGCCGGCUCCGCGUACCCGGUCAUCUGGCCCGAAAGGAUCCGCGCAUUGGAGGGCACCGUGGCCUCUGGGAUCGGCAUCGGCUGGACGAAUGCGAUGGCUCAGUUUGGCGGUAUCGUUGGGCCUCACGUUUAUAACACCGUGUUCGGGCCCUCAUAUCGGGUGUCGUAUGGGGUUUGUCUCGCUUUCCUCGUGGUUGGGAUCACUGCAAUCCUCUGUUCCUGGGGAUUGGUGAGGAGGAAAGACAGGAGAGGAACAGAGGAUAUCGUUCAACAUGAUUGA